CGGGUAGGAAUGAGACCUAUGUUUGCGGAGCUGGGAUGACCUCAAUAUUUUGAACCGUGUUGCUUGUUUUAGUGGUGGCUAGGGUCCUCUCUCACUCACUCACUCGCACACACACACACACACACACACGCACACACACACACAAACAAAACACCACACAUCAUAUUUGCCGUUUGUAAACCAGCGAACAGCGCAGACAGGGUUUUCUCUGCAGAAGGCUGUCUUGCAGACUACACUCGAGAAGAGUUACGGAGUGGAGUGUACGUUUUGGACCCCCUACGACUUUGGUGUAUAGAAAAUACAUUCUAAAAAGAGGAGCAGUGCAAUCAGUCGUGAAUCUCGGAUAUGGCGGGGUUGAAAAUAUUCAACCUUGUUGUUCGAGUUGUUUUAGUUUUGCAGUCUCUUGGAAAUGCGUUUCACGUGCCUGGAGGGGACCUGACAAACGGGGUCUCCUACUCCUACCUGCAGGGGCAGCCACUGGCUGAGGAGGACGUGGCAGUGGAUGUGAAGUUGUACAGUCACCGGUGGAGGAGGUGGCUGUCCCCAGAACAACCACGUAACAUGGACAAUAACAGGGCCAGCCAGGACCAGGAUCAGCAGGACCAAGACCAGAGUCAAGACCAGCCUGAGGGGAACUUCCCAGGCCUGCUCUCAGCAGAGGACAGCCAGGACACUGACAACAGUUCCCAGAUAGAGGAGGACAUAGAUCACAACUACUACACAUCAAAGACCUACGGCCCCACGGACCCCAUGAGCAAGGACUUGUGGGUAAACGUUGACCAGAUGGACAAGGAGAAGGUGAAGAUCCAUGGCAUUUUGUCCAACACUCACAGGCAAGCUGCGAGAGUCAAUCUAUCCUUCGAUUUCCCCUUUUAUGGACAUUUUCUGCGCGAUCUCACCGUGGCAACUGGUGGGUUCAUCUACACGGGUGAUGUGGUCCACAGGAUGCUGACGGCCACCCAGUACAUCGCCCCCCUCAUGGCCAACUUUGAUCCCAGUGUCUCCAGGAACUCAACCGUCAUCUACUUUGACAAUGGCACUGCUCUGGUAGUCCAGUGGGACCAUGUCCACCUGCAGGACAGCUACAACCUGGGCAGCUUCACCUUCCAGGCCACACUGCACAGCGACGGCAGGAUCGUCUUCGCCUACAAAGAGAUCCCCAUCGAGGUGGCCCAGAUCAGCUCUGUCAAUCACCCGGUGAAGGUGGGCCUCUCCGAUGCCUUUGUGGUGGUCCACAGGAUCCAACAGAUUCCCAAUGUUCGUAGGAGAACGAUCUAUGAGUACCAUCGCGUGGAGCUGACGAAGACCAAAAUCACCAACUCCACAGCAGUGGAAAUGAUGCCUCUACCGACAUGUCUCCAGUUCACCAGCUGUAGCAGCUGCAUCUCCUCCCAGAUCAACUUCAACUGCAGCUGGUGCCACCGCCUUCGCAGGUGUUCCAGUGGGUUCGACCGCCAUCGGCAGGACUGGGUGGAUAACAGCUGUCCUGAUGAGACCAAGGACAAAAGCUGUGAUAUCAUCAACACCACACAACUCUAUCCGUUCACCACCACGUUAGUUGCCAAGACAACAGGCCGGAGCAGAGGAGAGACCACCACAGCCGGAGCCUCUUUGUCUACGUCCCUCUCCCCGACCAGCGUCCCCACUGAAGAUGACACCAAGAUUGCUCUGCAUCUCAAAGACAAUGGAGCGAUGCCAAAGGAGAGUUCUGCAGAGCGGAAGGGCACACACCCCCUGCACACUGGACUGAUCCUGGGCAUCCUCAUGGUCAUGCUCAUCAUGGCUGCCACAGUCCUGGUCACCGUCUACAUCUACCAUCACCCCACCUCGGCCGCAAGCCUAUUCUUCAUCGAGAGACGUCCCAGCAGGUGGCCGGCCAUGAAGUUCCGCCGAGGGUCCGGUCACCCGGCCUAUGCGGAGGUGGAGCCUGUGGGCCAGGAGAAAGAGGGCUUCAUCGAGUCUGAGCAGUGCUAAAGGGCAUCCCCCCCACCACACACACACACAAACACCCCCCACCGUGCCGCUCUCCCCCUUCCCGUAUUGCCCCCCUUGCGCCCGCUCCACAGGGACUGACACACCAGUAUUGCCCCAGAAACAGGCCUUCCGAAUCUGCCGUACCCAUGGCGACUGAUUGACGCUGGUCUCUUGUUUUGUUGAUUAAAACACUCACUGUCAAGAUUGUAAACUUAAAUUAGAAAAUUGUGGAGGUGUUAAUUUGAAACCCCACACUCUUGCUGGUUGUCGAAGAGUGGGCCUUGUGUUUGGUGGACUACCAUGGUGGACUACCACCUUCAACCCUGGCUUGUCCAACAGAGAGCUGAUCUGAGAGCUAAGGGAGGGUCACUGCCAGAGGGACUGUGCUGUAGGAAAAUCUUGAAAACUGAUCUCAAGUCAGCUCUUCGUCCAAGUCCUCAAAGUCUCACACUCAUGCUGGUUGAAGUGACUGACUGACUGACUUGUUGGGGACAGAGGGAAAGUAGCCCCGUUUAUACCUGGUGCUAAUAUGCGUCCUUUGUCCUGAUCUUGUCCACAUUUUGAUUGUGCCAACAUUUUAAGACAGGUGUAGAUGAUUAAGACACAUUGUGAUCUGAUUGUGAUCAGAUCUUCCUGACCACCUCCGGAGGUAGUCAGGCACGCAUUGCAUCUGGAUAUCAAUUAAGUGUAAACAGAUCUGGAUGGUCAAACCAUUUAAAUCAUCAUAAUACCGACCUUUAAAAUCAUUGACAGGUAUCAAAAUUGACUUAGGGCAUCAGUAACUGUCUUAAAACAAAUAAAUCCAUAUUAUUUUAAAAUAUAUCUGUCAAAUAAUUUGCAUACAAGGAGGCAUGAGCUCAUCUGGUCACAAUGCGGGUACAGUGGACGGAUAAGAGACACAUUUUAAUACUAUGUGUAGAGGCGAAAAAACCUUGAUCAGAUAGUGAUUGGAUCAUAUUGAUCAGAUCACGAAACUCACAUGUUAGCACAAGGUGUAAACGAGGCUAUUGAGUGGGUUGUACAGAGUAACUGCACUACACUGUGCUGGUGUGUGAUGCAUUGGGGGAGUAGGUGGAAUUAUACAAUAUAUUUUUCAGAAACAAUACUGAGUAUGUGAACAGAGAUCUCGACUUUAAACGUUGGUGAGGUUAUAUAGACUUUACAUCCUUUUGGGAUUUUGCUAAUGUACUUUUUUCGUAUUUUGUUUUCUGUUGCUUUUUUUACUUGGGUUUUCUUAUUCCUAAUCAGUGUGGGGGUUUUGUCUUGCUUCCCACUACCAUAAUAAGGCUUCUUUGCCAUAGCUUUUACGCCAUAGUGUGGUUCAAUAGUGUGAUAUGCUCUUGCUACUGCCACUCAUCCCAUCCGGGAGUAGCAGUCUGCAAGUCUGGAAAUGUUCAGCUCUGUCAUCUCUUUUUUUUUUCUUUUUUUGUCAAAGAUUGUGUGGUUUUUGCUUACUGAGAAAACCUCUGUUUUCCACGAUGGGGUGACGGGCACACUCUUCUCUCCUCAUUGGUUUGAUAGCUCCCUUAUUAACAUAUGUUGUUGUUGUUUUGUUUGUCUUUACAGGGAUUUCAGUACUGCCGUGCCAUUAUUUCCUUGACUGGAGUCUGCUCAAACAUUUUUUGCACAAAAGUUUUUCCAUGCACAUAUAUCUUUAGUUCAUUUGACUUGUGGUACUAAUGCAAAAUUGCAAGACAGGCGCUUGUGAGUGUGUGUGGUUGUGUGUAUGCAUGGUCUAUAUGUGAGUGAGUGAGUGUUUGUGUGCUUAGAUAUCUACCUGCUUGAAGGUGGGUCAGUUGGAGCUGGUUCUGUGUAAUUGAUGCUGAUUGGUUGACCUGAGGUACAUUAACAAGAUGUUAUGAGACGUGUUGGCGAUACAUUAAAAAACAUACCUGGCUUGA